AUGGAGACACCAAGUGUACGUGUAUUAGUUGUGGGUGACUCUGGAGUUGGCAAGACGACGCUGUUACGAUCAAUUUGUCGCUUGUAUUCGCGUGAUUCGAUUGAUUAUGACAAACCAUCGAGUCUAUGGACAACUGGAUGUGACGUUCAUGUGCUACUGAAGAUAUUUGAGCCAGAAGGUCAAGAGAUUUUUGUGGAAUUUCUCGAUAUUGGAGGUCAUCGCAAAUACGAACUCAGUCGUGGAACAUUUUAUCAUAAUAUUCAUGGAAUUAUGUUUGUUCAUGAUUUGAGUAAUACAAAAAGUGGUCAACAUCUUCGAAAUUGGAGCAAAGAGAUUCAUACGAUGCAAAAACUGAAAGGUUGUGUAGUACCUCCAACAGGGAAUAGUGACGAUAUCCCAACGUUACAAAAAAUACCAAAACUUGUGGUUGGCAAUAAAAAAGAUUUGAGAUCACAAUCUUCGAUGGGAUUAAUUGGACCUACCGAAUUUCAUACCGUUGCGACCAUUGAAUCGAGUGCAAAUCCACUUUCCAUGGUACCAAGUGGUGUCUUUGAAGCAUUUUUGUAUCAAACAGUAGCAUUUGCGAAUCGAGAUACAAAUAGUAAAAGUUCAAGUGGUGGACAACGACUAGUUCAUAUAAAUGAUGACAAUACUACAACUGGAGUAAGUAAUAUACGUUCUCGAUGGUGGUAA